GGUUCAAUCUUGGGUGUUUUUUUUUUUUUUUUAAUGUUUUGGGUGAUUUGUACAUUUGAUCAAGAUGUUUGUUAAAAUGCUUCUUUGGUGAAAAUGUUGGUUUUUUGAAGCGAAAUGGAAAAUGGGGUUGGAAUGGUUGAUGAUGGUUCGUUAAUGGUAGACAACAAGGUUGUGGAACACGACACAGGUGUGGCCACGGUUCAGACGAGUUCGAGUUAUGAAGGUAGGGAAUUCGCUGAUUCUUUAGAGCAGGUGGUGAAACGGGAGGCCAAGGAGGAGAGCGUCGAUGAGACCGGUGAAAAGCUUCAGUCGAUUAGAGUUAAGUUCUUGCGGCUUGCACGUAGGCUCAGGCUAACUCCGCAUAAUGUUGUUGUUGCACAAGUUUUGUACAGGCUAGACUUAGCCGAGCAACUACGGGGUAGAAACGGAGGUCGUGUUAGUGAGUUCAGCUUUGAUCGUGCAAGCACUUUGGCGGAACGGCUCGAGGCAGAUGGGAAUGAAGAACUUGAUUUCUCUUGUACGAUUAUGAUAAUCGGGAAAACGGGAGUUGGUAAAAGUGCUACUAUUAAUUCGAUUUUCGAUGUUAAGUUUGGUACUGAUGCGUUCCAGAUAGGUACGAAGAAGGUUCAAGAUGUGGUUGGUAUGGUACAUGGGAUUAAGGUACGAGUGAUUGACACACCAGGGCUUUUGCCUUCACGGUCUGACCAACGUCGGAAUGAGAAAAUUCUUCUUGAGGUCAAGUAUUUUGUUAAGAAAACGCCACCGGAUAUUGUGUUGUACAUUGAUAGGUUGGAUAUGCAAACUGGGGAUAUUGACGACGAUAGGCCUCUAUUACGAACCGUAACUGAGACUUUUGGACCACCUAUAUGGUUUAAUGCAAUUGUGGUUCUGACUCAUGCAGCUUAUGCUCCACCUGAUGGCUUGAAUGGUAAUGCGUCGAGUUACGACAUGUUUGUUGCUCAACGUUCUUAUGUCGUCCAGCAGGCUAUUCGUCAAGCAGCCGGGGAUAUGCAAUUGAUGAACCCAGUCUCGUUAGCCGAGAAUCAUUCUGCUUGUAGAACAAACAGGGCAGGCCAACGAGUGUUGCCGAAUGGUCAAGUUUGGAAACCUCAUUUGUUGUUGCUUUCCUUUGCAUCUAAGAUCUUAGCCGAAGCAAACUCGGUUUUGAAGUUGCAAGAAACUCCUUCGGGAAAGACUCGAACACGACCACCUCCUUCGUGUCUGCUUCAAUCAGGACAUCAAGUUAAGCUGCCGGACGAGGACAAUUGCGAUGAUGACUUGGUUGAAUCCUUAGACUCUGAAGAUGAAUCCGAAUACGACGAGUUACCGCCUUUCGUUCGGUUGACUAAAGCACAAUUAGCAAAGCUUACUAAAGCUCAAAAGAAAACAUAUUCUGAUGAGCUAGAAUAUAGGGAAAUGUUUUUUAUGAAAAAGCAGUUUAAAGAUGAGAAAACCAGGCGAAAAACGAUGAAAAAAACUGCCGAUGAAGCCAACUAUAUGCUGAGUGAUGAAAACACAGAAGGAAGUACCGGUGCGUCUUCAGUUCCGGUUCCCAUGCCAGAUUUACCAUUACCUGCAUCUUUCACUUCCGAUAAUCCGACUCAUCGAUAUCGUUACCUUGACUCCACCAACCCAUGGCUCGUAAGACCCGUUCUAGACACUCAGGGUUGGGACCAUGAUGUUGGUUACGAAGGUAUCAACGUCGAAAGAUCAUUCAUGGUGAAACACAAAUACCCCGUUUCAUUUUCCGGACAAAUCACGAAAGACAAAAAGGACACCAACAUCCAAACCGAACUAGCCAGUUCAUUAAAGCACGGUUCCGGUAAAGCAACUUCAUUAGCCUUCGAUAUGCAAACGGUUGGAAACGACAUUUACUGCACAUUAUGCGGCGAGACAAGGUUUAUUAAUUUCUUCAACAACAAGGCAAUAACUGGACUCUCAAUUACACUCUUAGACGACGUGUUAGCAGCCGGAUUGAAAGUCGAAGACAAAAUGAUCGUGAAUAAACGGUUCUGUGUCGUAAUGACCGGGGGUGCUAUGACUGCUCACGGCGAUAUCGCAUACGGUGGCAGCUUAGAAGCACAAUGGAAGGAUAAAGAUUACCUUCUAAAUAACUCAUUGUCUACACUUGGGGUAUCUAUAAUGGAUUGGCAUGGUGAUCAUGUCAUUAGAUGCAAUGUACAGUCACAUGUUCGGAUCGGACGGUCUACGAACGUAAUAGCUCAGGCCGAUCUGAAUAAUCGAGGCACCGGACAAGUGAGUAUACGAAUAAGCAGCUCGGAACAGAUUCAGCUAGCUUUGGUUGCUUUGUUUCCAUUGAUGAAAAAGCUAAUCGGUUAUCCCCAACGAAUGUUGUAUGGACCAUUAUAAAAAUGGUUAAAAUUUGUCAUAAGUCCUUGUAAUUUUUGAAGAUUUGGAAUUUAGUCCUAUACUAUUAUUUUUA